AUGCUUGAAGACAAAUACAUUGGGGUUACUUUAGCCAUCUUGUCUAGCUUGGCGAUCGGCACCUCCUUCAUUAUAACGAAAAAGGGUUUAAUUGAUACGACAGAUAGACAUGGUUCAGCAAGUGAAGAUCAUAAAUAUCUAAGAAAUCCAAUAUGGUGGGGAGGAAUGCUAACCAUGAUUGUGGGUGAAUUGGCUAAUUUCGCAGCAUAUUCUUUUGCACCUGCAAUUCUCAUCACGCCACUCGGUGCUCUUAGUGUUUUAAUUGGUGCUUUACUUGCAUCGAUAUUCCUUGACGAGAAACUUGGACGCAAUGGAACUGUAGGAUGCGGAUUAUGUCUGAUUGGUUCCGUCAUAAUUGUAUUACACGCGCCUGGUGAUAAAGAAAUAAGAACUGUCGAUGAAAUUUUGAAUUAUGCUUUAAAUCCAGGAUUUUUAACGUAUUGUACAUUUGUUGUUUUAUUUACUGGUUUUAUGAUUACGAGACUUGUUCCAAAAUAUGGCAAAAAAAAUCCAUUGGUCUAUCUUUCAAUUUGUUCGUUGGUUGGAUCAAUAUCUGUCAUGUCGUGUAAAGGAUUUGGCAUUGCACUAAAGCUGACGUUUUCUGGCAACAAUCAGUUCUCUCAUCCUUCAACCUACGUAUUUGUGAUAAUAUCAGCGGUAUGUAUUGUGACUCAAAUGAAUUAUUUUAAUAAGGCGCUUGACCAAUUUUCGACAAAUCUCGUAAACCCCAUUUACUAUGUGUUCUUCACAACAUCAACGAUAGCAGCUUCCGUAAUUCUUUUUCAAGGAUUUAACACUAGUAAUACAGUGAAUGUCAUCAGCCUUUUCUGCGGCUUUCUAACAAUAUUCGCUGGUGUUUAUCUUUUAAAUACCGCGAAAUCGGAAUUUAAUAAGCUAUUACUUGAUAAAUUAUCGAUGCAUCAAAAUGGCAAUGGUCUUAUGAGAGCAUCAUUAACGGGUGAUGGACGUAGCUCAAUCACAUUAAGAAGAGAUACGGCAUUGUUGAGUGCUUUCGAAGAGGAGAACAUUGGGUUAACAGACCUGCGUGACGAUACUUCUGAUUCCGAAGAAGAUCGAAGCUUAUAA